CCUCACCCCCGGUAAAUUCAGUGUUGGUUACUGGUGAGAGGAGGUGAGAGAUUUUGUUCCCCAACUCAAGGAGGAGCCCUCGUGGAUAGGGUGUGAAAUCGGGAGAGGUUGGUUGGAAAACAAUUUGAUCCCCCGCAAUUCCGCUGGUGGGGCUCUCUUUCUUAAUGCUUGUUGCCAAGACUGCUAUCAAUCCCAUGGGGUCUAGUGCGGCUAAAAUAUUUUUUUCUACACUCUAACAACCUUCAAAUCGAGAAACAAUCUUUUUGUCUGUUUCCUCCAACAACUUUACAACCUUCAAUGACUUCCUCAAAACCACGAAAUUCGCUGUCAUUAUCGGAACAGCUUGCCCUGUUGGAGAAUCCUGCGCCGACGGACUUUGAUCCCGAGGCUCCGGAGGAAGAUUAUGGCCACAGCGAGAAAUCUGAAGGCAGUGGAGACGAAGAGAGUGAAGAAGAUCUGGGAAGAGCACACUAUAUAACCGUCGGAAAGAGUAAGUUACGGAAAGGAAACCCAGUACUAUUAGACCCUAAAUACAAUGGCGCUCGAAUAAGUCGCGAAAAGCUCUACCAAGACGAAGUUGAAGACCACCGAAUGGAUGGAUCCGAUGACGAUAGCGAGGACAGCGAUGGCGACGGAAGUGAGGGCGAUGCGGACGAAAAGAAAGUGGGGAAUAGAGAGAGUGAUGAAAUUCCAACAGACGAGGAUGAUGACAUCGAUAGUGAUGAUGUUCUUGGGAGUGACGAGGAUAAAUUUUCCGGGUUCAAAUUUCUCGGCAGUUCGACUACGAAGGAGGGGGUAAAUGCUACCCGUGGAAUGAAGGUUGUCGACGAUUCAAGCUCCGACGGGGAACCUGGAACAGACCCAGACGAUGAGGCGAUAUUGAACGAAGAAAAGGACAGCGACAAAGACAAUGCCUCCGAUGUAGAGAGCAAAUUGCUCAGUCAUAGUGAGGAUGGUUAUGGGGAGGAUGAGAGUGAGGAUGAAGAGAGCGAAGAUGAUGGGGAUGAGGGUAGUGAUGAGGGCGCCCAAGAUGCGGAAGCCAAGCGUAGGGAGGAGUUAAAGAAGCUAAUCACCGAAGAGCAGAAAAACGUUGUUGCAAAUAUUUCUAAAGCUUUCAAAGCCGAUGCUGAGAAAGGCACAGCAGUGAAACAACAACAGAAAACGUUUGACUCGCUUCUAGGUAUCCGUAUCAAACUCCAGAAAGCCAUUGUGGCAACUAACUCUCUACCCACUCCUUCGCAACCUGCGUCAUCACCUCAACCCGUACUCGAGACAUAUAAGGCGGCAGAAGAUGCGGCAUUGAAUCUCUGGAACACCCUAACAGACCUCCGAUGUGAACUAUCUUCACCCUCUACCCCCAAACGAAAACACGAUGGUAUGGACACCUCCACCCCCGCCUUAUGGGCCAAGAUGCAAAAGCUCGAAGCAGAAGUUCACCCAAACCGUCUCUCAACACUGGACAAAUGGUCUACCAAAACAUCCUCCGUUUCCACCGUUACGUUAGCGCGCAAGUUAAACAACAGUGCGCAACGUAGCCUCACAGCAACAAUCAAUGAAACUCUAAUGACUGGUCUAAACCGACAUGUGCAAAAGACAAGAGUUCCCCGAUCAUGUGCGCCGACAAAGGUCGAAAGCGGCGAAGACGUGGAAGUAUAUGACGACUCUGACCUUUACCAAAUGUUAUUGAAGGCAUUGGUGGACCAGAGAAUGAUCGACAAUGCAAACUCCGGUGGCCCCAAUGGUGCGGUCAGAUGGACAACAGCAUUGAGAGACGCCAAAGUUAAAAAGGCUGUCGAUACUAAAGCUUCCAAGGGGAGGAAGUUGAAGUAUCAAGUCCAAGAGAAGCUUCAGAAUUUCAUGGCACCGAUCGCCAAUAACAGUUGGAACGAGCACCAGAUUGAUGAGUUAUUCGGCAGUCUACUGGGCCAGAGAGUUAGAGUUGAUGAAGACAGUGAAAACGAGGAAGCCGAAUUUGAAGGAUUGAGGUUAUUUAAAAGUUGAUAAAUUAAUUGGAUUGUUUUGAUAAAGUAUUUACCAUCACCCCC